AUGCAGGAGACUGACGCUGAAUACGAUGGCAGUUGGGUUGAACGAGACGUCCGGCCUAUCAGUCUGCGCCAGUUGACCUUCUUUGGCCGUACGCUCACCGAGAACAGGCUGAUCAGCUCGGCAAACUACGUGCGGACGGAGCUGCCCACCAGGAUCGCACACCGUCUUCGUGAUAUGCAGAAGCUGCCGUAUGUCGUCGUGACCAACCCGCACCUCUCCUACGUCUACGAGCUAUACUACAAGGCGUUUGAACGCUUCCGGACGGUGCCCGAGAUAAAGACGAUAGAAGACAAUGAUAGAUAUUGUGAUGUCCUACGACACGCCCUCAAGGAGCAUCUGACCGUGAUUCCCAACCUGGCUAUGGGUGUGCUGGAAUGCCAGGACCUCGUUAAGCCAGAGGUCAUGGACCGGUUCAUGAAUACUCUGCUGCGAGCGAGAAUCUCGCGGCGAGUGAUAGCAGAGCAACACCUUGCUCUGACAGAUACGUUUAAUUCGCCAUGGCACUUCCCCGACCCCGGUGACCGUACAGAGCUGAGCGCUGAUUUCGUUGGUGAAGUCUUCCUGAAAUGCAACGCAAAGGAUGUCGUAGAGCGAUGCGGCAAGCUGGCUCGAGAUCUACUACGACAGACCCUCGGCCCGGACGCCAAAAUCCCAGAAAUAUCCAUCCAGGGCCAUCUAGGCGCCAUGUUCCCUUACAUACUCAGCCAUCUCGAAUACAUCGUGGGAGAACUGUUGCGGAACUCCAUGCAGGCCGUCAUCGAGAAAUACAAGGACUGUCCUGGCGCCCCUCCUCCCAUCGAGGUGCUCAUCUGUGAAGCUCCCCAGCACGUCAUCAUCCGCGUUUCUGACCAGGGCGGCGGCAUCCCUCGAGAACUCCUCCCGUAUCUCUGGUCAUUCUGCAAGGGGCCUCGUACGGAAACCCGGCUGCAGAACCUAGGCCAGAUCCACGCCAUGGCUGCAACGAUGCAGGAGCUAAAGGUCUCGCACCAGCCAUCAAAAGUCUCCAGAGGCGUCAAGGAGAAUUCUCUUGACUCGCUCAGCUCGCGUCCGCCGAAUCUGAGGCUUGGAAUGGGUCUUCCGAUGAGUCGUGUUUAUGCAGAGUAUUGGGCGGGCACGCUCGAACUUCAUAGUCUCGAAGGCUACGGUGUCGAUGCCUUCCUGCAAAUUUCUAGACUUGGGAACCAGAACGAGCAGGUGUCCAAGAGAGCGGCCAUUGACGCUGUAUAG